AUGGCCCCGCUAAGCCAGUUCCGACCGUUCCUCCUGUUCCUCCUCGCGCCUCUGCUCUCAACGACACACACGGCGAGUGGCAUCGCAAGUGACCGAGGGCCCCGCUCCCGGUUGAACUUUUUGCUGCGGCUGAGAGGAGGGCAAAGCCAGAGCUUCAAGCAGCAGUUUGGGAAGCAGACCGCAGCUAUGGAGCUUGACCACGAGGAGGACGAGGACAGGGUGAAGUCGAAGAUGCAGUUUGAAUCCAGGCUUUCUCAGCUGGUGCUGGGGGAACCCAAACCUGUGAAACACGACAAGCUGGUGGUGGAUGACUAUGAAGAGUUGAAGAAGUACCACAUUCACGCCAACAAGAUCGUAAAGGAGCGGCCCAAGUCAGCAAGGAGGAGCACGACCGAGGGUGGUACACAAGUAUCCCUGAAGAAGAAAAUGCGAUCUCCUGACGCUCCUGUUCUUAAACGAGCGAGCGUGAACUGCACUCUUGCGAUCGCACAUGGCUUGUUCAACGCCACUGACUUGGCAACGUAUCUCAAGCAAAGGAUCAAAUACAAUGGGAAGCUGCACAACUAUGAUGAUGCGAUUGAAGUUAAGGUGGAUGGUCACGAUGUCAUUGUCCUUGCAUACAAACCUACCCAGAUGAAGAAGAAGCGAGUUUGGUCUCGAAAGAUAGAGCUGAAAGAUAUCGUGCGGCCAGUAUCAGUGGACUUCUCCAAGGCGAGUCAAGAGAAAGGAGGGAAGGGCGUUAGAUUCGAGAUUCGAUAUACAAACAUUCACAAGAACAAAUAUCACAAGAUCAAGUACAUAGCUAAGCACGGAACCAGAUUGGAGAUGGCUAGGAAAAACCUCAUCGCCAGCGCGUAUGCAGUGAAUGAUGCCGACAAACUACACGUUCCGCGUAAAGAAAUGUACAUGGAGCGAAAGAUAAAAGCAACUGGAGAAAGAAUCGGAGGGCUUGAAUAUCUCAAGCAGACGAGAAGGACGAUAGCGGAGGAGAAAAGUUAUCGUGCCCCAUUUGGAGGGGCCAUGGAAGACUGGAAAGACAGAUCGAUCCUGAAGCAUGAUCCCGACAGGUUGGGAAAGGGCAUCAAGGCUCACAGCACUGCUGGUUACACGGCUACCUGGUCAAUGAGGAACAGGCUGGGGGUGAGAGAGGGGGUAGCCAGUCUCCUGUACACUGGAAUCGCCCCCGAUGGGUUCAAGAGCAUCCAGAAACGAGCUGCUGCGCAGAGGUUGAAGGACAGGUCUUUCGUCUAUUCCUUCAGGAACUCCAGGUUCUACUCACAGAUGGGAGAGGGGGACCGUACCAUCCACAACUGGAAGCCAAAGUGGCUGCUGUCUGGGAAGAUGGACUUGCACAAGAGAGACUGGCGUUAG